CGCAGUAAUUUCAUCCAGCAAGCAAUCUAGCACGAAAACAAGCACCGUGUGCCGCUGGCUUUAGCCGCUUUCAGAUUUAGGGUUAUGGUCAUAGCGUGUAUCGUGUGAGUCACAAAAAUAAAUGUUCAUGUAGCCGUCAAGUAGAUACAUAUCCUUGCCAUUUUAUUAAGUUAUCUUUUGUAGAGACGUUACGAUACUCCAAAGUUUCUCAAGAUGUCUGGAGGUAUGCUAUAUGGUGGAGAUGAAAUAGGAGCAUUGGUCUUUGACUUAGGCCAUCACUCUUUAAGAGUAGGAUAUGCUCAAGAGGAUACACCAAAGGCAGAGAUUCCAGCUGUUGUAGGUAUAGGAGAAGAUGGCAACAAUACAGCCAGCAAAGCAGAACCUAUGGAUAUUGAUGAUAAAAAACCUGACAGCAAUAUUACUCAGAGUGGGACCAAAUAUUAUAUCGAUACCACAAUUCUUCACGUUCCAAGAAGAAACAUGGAAAUUGCAAGUUAUAUGAAAGAUGGUAUGAUUGAGGAUUGGGACCAUUUUGAAAAGGUCUUAGAUUAUACAUAUUCAAAAGUAAUUCAGUCUGAUGCUGAGUAUCAUCCUGUAUUGUUUUCUGAGUCACCUUGGAAUAUACGCAGCAAAAGGGAGAAAUUGACUGAAUUAAUGUUUGAGAAAUAUAAUGUACCAGCUUUUUUCAUUGUAAAAAAUGCGGUUUUGGCUGCAUUUGCAAAUGGCAGAUCCACUGGUAUAGUUGUUGACAGUGGUGCCACACAUACAUCUGCAGUACCUGUGCAAGAUGGAUUUGUAUUGACUCAAGCCAUUGUUAAGUCUCCUCUUGGUGGAGAUUAUAUAAGUAUGCAAUGUAGACAGUUUUUGCAGGAUAAUGAUAUUGAUUUAUCACCUCCUUAUAUGGUGGGUAGUAAAGAAGUAGUUAAGGAUCAUGAUAAACCACGGUGGGUUAAGAAGAAAGGUAUACCUGAAGUUACUAAGUCUUGGCAUAAUUAUAUGGUGAAAAAAGUAAUCCAAGAUUUUCAAGCUACAGUUCUUCAAGUAUCAGAGACUCCAUAUGAUGAGAAAAUAGUUUCUACAAUUCCAGCAGUCCAAUAUGAGUUUCCAACUGGAUAUCAUCAAGAUUUUGGAAGUGAGAGAUUUCGGAUACCAGAAGCAUUAUUUGAUCCUAGUAUGGUACAAAUGCGCGGUGGCAUGGUUGGCAAUACCAUGCUAGGUGUGGGACACAUUGUCGCUACCAGUGUUGGUAUGUGCGAUGUUGACAUGCGACCAUCACUUUAUGCGAGUGUCGUCGUCACCGGUGGCAAUUCGUUUAUUCAGGGCUUCCCGGAACGUUUAAAUAGAGAUCUGUCUGUGAGAAUACCUACUAGUAUGCGUCUGAAAUUAAUCAGUGCGAAUGGUUGCGCGGAAAGAAGAUUCGGAGCUUGGAUAGGUGGUUCGAUAUUGGCAUCGAUUGGUACCUUCCAACAAAUGUGGAUUUCUAGCCAAGAAUAUGAGGAAAGUGGGAAAAGUCAAGUAGAGAGAAAAUGUCCUUAAACCACAGUAGUUCAUUAUAUAUUUCUAUCCUCAAGUCAUCUUAGCGUCAGUGUUUGUACAAAUGUCGCACAUGAAGUCAAUACAAUUUUUAAAAUAUGAGUAUCUACGUCCUGCGCGAUAUAUUGUGCAUUAUUUGAUAUAUAUUAUAACGUAUAAGGCACGUGAUACAAAUCACUUUUUAAGAUGAAAGGACUUUUUAUAACGUUGUAUGAUGAACGAAUACACUUCUGAUGUUAUGGAAUUAUAUGCACAUUCUAUACAUAUACGCGAAUAAUUACAUUUUAUUUAUAAGCAAAAUUAAUCACUAGCCAAUCUCAUUGCUCGAAAUUAUGAAUCUGUGAAACUCACAGGCAAGUGAAAUGACAAAAUUUAUCUUCCCUUAUCAUCGAAACGUUAUAUUAUACCAUAAGAUACAUAAAAUUUUGUAGAUUAUAAAUGAGAUCUUUUUAUAAAAACUUACCGUGACAGGCUGUGUCCUAAAAGUAAA